AUGGCUUCCGUGCCGCCUGGCUUGCACGUCUCGUCCCAGUACUACCCCCUUUACUACACAUUCGGCGUCGAAUUUGAAUUUAUCAUCAAAUUCAGGUUUGCUGACUAUGGUAUCCAGCCAGAUCCAGAAAAACAGACGUACGGAGUCGGACCGGUGCAUGAGCACGUCAUCGAAGUCCUUCGCCAGGCCGGCUUCGAGGUCAACGACUAUGAAACCGGCACGCCGGAACUCGGAUUCUGGACCGUCAAGCUCGAUGACAGCAUUAAGCCGAAGCUGCCCGCGAACAGUGAGUUUGGCUAUGCCCCAGUCGAAAUCACCACCCCGGUAUUGCGCUUUGCGAGGGCGUCGACGUUCAACUCCUUCUGGGAGAUCCACCGUAUGCUGACCGCUGUGACCCGCAGGUUCUACAUCUUUGUCAAUGAGACAUGUGGCCUUCACGUCCAUGUCGGAGCCAUCACCGAUCCUCGAACCCAGGACUACAAGUACAGUCGGGGUUUCCCGCUGAAGACGAUUCGCAACCUCUGUCAGCUUCUGACGCUGUGCGAGCCGGAACUGAAUGCGAUUCACCCGCCUUCCCGGCUUCACAAUGGCUACGGCGCGCUUCCAAGCCAACUUCUCGCAUACAAAGGCAAUGCCGCCGAGGUCCUGGACCGGUGCACCAAUUUCACAGCUCUCAACUGGGUGUGGAUGGGGAUGAAACUCGAGGACCACGACGAGCCUACCCCACUGACCUAUCUCGAGACUGACGACUCUUACGUCCCGGCAUACCAUCUGGGCUACCUGAUCCGGGAAUCCGACCACUAUCCAGAGGAGCGCUCGCGGCGGACGAUCGAGUUUCGUCAGCACAUCGGGACGAUGUGGUUCGACGAGGUCUACCACUGGGUGAAGACCGUUGUGCGACUGCUGCAGUUCUCGCACGAGUGCGGGCCCAAGGGUCUCCCCGAGUCGCUGAUUUCCACCAUCAACGAAGAACGAGCCACGCGCAGCGGCCGCUUCAAUACCGUCUCAUUCCUGACGGCCAUCGGAGCGGCCGAGCAGGCGCGCUUCUACCAGCAGGGUCGACUCCAUACCCACCCUUCGCCCGAGAUCCCCCAGUUGUAUUACAGAGCCCCCGAAGAGCCGCCGCAAGAGGCCUGGCCGCUGAUGGAGAUCUGGCCUGAGGGGCCUUAUGCGGAUGGAGGGGAGAACGAGGUUCCCGAUCUCCAGACGAUGAAUUACCCCGAUCUCACGUAUCGCGAUGUGGAAUACUGA